AUGGUCGCUGCAAAGGACAAUCCUUUCAGGUACUUCCUUCUCUCUCUAUACCCCAUCAAAGCUAUCUAUUUCUCUUAUCUAAAAAUCACCAUAAAACCUGUCCUCUCAGCCAACCAGACUUCCAAUGACAUCUCAGUCUCUAAAGACCAUUUUCAGGCCAAAGAAACCAAGUUUCCCGACAAGAAUGGGCAUUUCCGAGUCAUUGAUGACCAUUUUCCGGCAGGUACGUCAGACACCCUCUUAGCAGAACAUGUAGCCAUGAUAAUGGAUGGGAAUUCGAGGUGGGCUAGAGAGAGAGGAUUGCCUGUUUCAGCUGGUCAUGAAGCCGGUGUCAGGGCAUUCAGAAAAGUUGUCAAAUUAUCCAUCAAAUGAGGUAUUAGGGUUCUCACCGUGUUCGCAUCGUCACUGGAUAACGGGCUCAGGCCCAAGUAUACAGAAUUAUCUUUGAAGAAACCAAAAUACAUCUUAGUCAGUGGAGUCGGUUUAUUGAUUUUAAACAGAGAAAGUAUUCAACUACAUAUGAUUGGGGAUUCAUCAAAGCUACCAAAGACUUUACAAAAGUUGAUCUUGGAGGCAGAAGAGAUCACCAAGAAGAGCACAAAGCUCAAAUUGAUAGUUGCUGUUAGUUAUAGUGGUCGAGAUGACAUCGUUCAAGCUUGUCAGGGAAUUGCUCACAAAGUAAAGGAUGCUCUACUUGAACCAACGGACAUCACUGAAUCCUUAAUUGAUCAGGAGCUUAAAACAAAUCGUGUCAUUGAUUUUCCUUCUCCUGAUUUACUCAUUCGAACCAGUGGGGAACAGAGGCUUAGUAACUUCCUGUUGUGGCAAUUGGCAUAUACUGAGCUUUUUUUUGUGGAAUCGUUUUGGCCUGAUUUUGGUGAGCGUGAGUACGCAGCGGCCUUGUGUUUUUUUCAAAGUAGGCAGAGGCGAUUCGGUAAAAGGGUUUUGGAAGAUGACUCUUAUUGGGUAGGUACUUUUAUUGACACCAUGGGUUCCAAACCUAUGGAAAGGAUGCAAUAUUCCAUUGGAGUGUGGUAUACAAUGUUCUAAAGGGGCAUCCGCCAUCCGUUUCUGAUAACAAGUGGUGGACAUCUACCUUGAUGGGUCAUCAGGGUAUUUGCAAAACUAGAUUUGAUCUCCAUCGAAGUUCAUGAGGAUGAACAAUGGACUUCCUUUAGAGUUCUACCACAAUGAAAUGUUGAAAAUGCCAUUCGAGGGUAUGAUUUUUCUUUCCAACUUUCUUGCUGAGCUUCAUGGUUAAAGGUGGUCAAUAUCCAGCUAUCAGAACAUGGCAAGAAAGUGAUUACUGGUGUUCUUAUGCUAUGCAUAACCAGAGGCCAUUAAAAAGGGACUCUGGUUUCUCCAUAUGAACAGGUUCACUUGAGCUAUUUGAUUCGAUUAUCUUUUGUUGUGGUUGUUAGUGUUACCUGCACAAUUGCCCUUAUGUUUUGUGUCAUAUGUUUAGGUAUCAAGGAUCGCAACCAAGACCAUAGCCCUGCAGCCCUUUUGUUCAAACAACUGAGACGAGCCCAAUGAUUCUUAGGGUUCAUGGGUCCGGUCUCGAUGUUAUGAUACAGGCUUUGUAAUGGAUGGUUUUGAGGCUUAGAUGCUUUUUUUAAUUCAGUAUAAUUGGGAUUGUUUUGUGAUUUCUCGUUGGGUAAAUUGUUUGAUUUUCAAUGCCUAAAAAUGAUAUGAUAGGCCAUUGAAUCCAAUCUAUCUACAACAAUGGUAAAAUUUGAAAUCUCGAUUUUCAGUUGUUUAACCUUGAUUAUUAUGUACUAAUUAAAUUGCUUCAUGUCUUAAAUGAGUCUCUAUUGGGUUGAGAUAGGAUUGGAAGGGAAAGGUAGUAAAAUCAAGAAAAUUUGGUGAUAGUUGAAACAUGUACUCAACCACACAAAGGUUUUUUGGACCAGGAUUCGAGGUGAGGCUUUAUUUUGUUUUCACGAAGCCUAGGCCUUAUAGAGACCUCAUCCUUUACUUAAAUUCCUUUUUGUCUUAAUUCUAGAAGUAAAAAAGUGUGAAUGAGAUCCCAUUUAGAUGUGGUCCCCUUCAAAAAAAUGCAUCCGAAAGACAAAUUUAGGAUCCAAAACAUAUCUCGAGUCAUCAAAGUUCAAAAUAGCUUAUUUUUUAGAAGUUUAAAAUCAACUUUUUUUCCAGAUUUAUGGUGGGUACAUAGAUUAUCGACUCGUGAAAUUUUAGAUUUAAGAUCCAUAUGUAAGAUGGAUUUUACAGGAGACUACAUUUGAAUGGCAAGGGGCGAAAUUGGUAAUUGCUCCUGUCUGGUCCCUCGUGGGAUUUGUUGUGUAUUUGAUAUGCAGCUUGAUGGGAUUUCUGAAAUUGGGAUAAAGUUCGAUGGGAUUUUCGAAAGUGGGACAAGGAGAUGGACCCGAUUUUGGAUCCAAAUUUGUAGAGAUCCAUGAUCUACACUAUGAUGAUCAUGAAUAUAAAAAAUACAAUAUGAUAAAAUAUAAGUUCAAAACAAUUUUUAAAAAAAAAAUUCCGGGAAUUUUUAGUUGUGGAAGUUCAUCUUUAUUUGUGAGUCAGCGGGCUACUGAGUUUGCUGACUCAUAAAACACCCUUCCCAAGAGAAUGGAUGAAACUUAAGAGAAUAUCUGUUUGAUAAAUUUUCUUUAGGGAAUACCCUCCUCCCAGCAAUUUUCCAACCCCAGUAGACACUCACCAAAAUCCCUUGUAAUAGCCUCAAAUUUAAAAUUUUGAGACAAUUAGCCCCCUCAAUUACGUUUUGUUCUUUUAUCAGAUUUAUUCUUUUUGUUUUACAAAAUGUCAACCCCAUUUAUUAGUCAUCUCCCCCACCUUCUUCUUGCCCAACCCCAAUCUUAUCUCCGUGGAACCCACUCUACAAAUUUAGACUUGAAAAGAAAAUGAAUUCUUUUUUUAAAAUUAUGUCCUAUUUUACAAUUGCAUCAAUGUUUUUUUUAACUUGCACAAUGACUAAUCAAGAUCUUUAUUACUAAUGUUAAUAGAUUAUUAUUAUUUGUUCAUUUACUAAAGAAAUUUAUCACAAUAACUAUAUGAGAUAAACUACUUAAAAAUUAAAAUAUUGUUAUUGUUGUUGCUACUGCUAUUGGUAUUAUUAUUAAAAUUUGUAUGUAAAGUCACGAAAAAGAAAAUAUAUUGAUGGCUAAUGGAUGGGGUUUGGCAUUUAGUAAAACAAAAAAAUGAAAUCUCUAUUAAAAAAAAAAAAAAGCCUCCAGAAAUUUAACUAGAAGGUACAAAAGAUUUUAGUGAACCCGAGGGUCUAAUAAAGAUGAAAAUGAUAGACCACAUGCUGUGCAUGUGUAGGCCCCACUCUCUUUAUCAACAUCCAUUCAAUGAUUGGACAACCCUUAGGACUAUGGAUUCUCAAUGGUGAUCCGGAAUUUAUAGCUUACUCCACAUUCAUUACAAACACAGCAAAAUUUACUCACUUAAACUUCCAAACAGAGACAAAGUUAACUGUCCCCCUGGACCUUUCAGUAAUAAACUACAGAGACAAUAGAAAAUUUAAGGCUAACAAGAAAUGUAAAUCAUCCCCCACAUUGCUUAUUGCUUAGGAGCUUUAUUCUUUUUCCUCAUGAAAUGCUCAAUUCCUUGAGAAUACCUUUUGGAUAGAGAGACAGAGACCCUGUCUCCUUUUGUAUUUAUGAAAUCUCAUUAUCUAAAAUAUUCAUUCUUUGGAAACUAGGAUUUUAUAUGACAAUUUAUAGUUUACUAUAUUCCAAUAUUUCUGGAUUUUCCUUUUUAGAAUUUUAAAAAUAAAUCUUAUCACUUUCCCAUAGACCCAACACUUCAAAUUCUACAUAAUUCAAUUGCCCAUAGAUUAGGAGAUCCAGUUUCCCACCAAUGCCUGAAACUCAUUCAUGUCAAAUCACCUAAACAGUCUCUAAA